GCUGACAUUCAUAGCUUACUACUGUGAGUUGCUGAAAACAAGACCGAGGCAGAAGUAUCAACGAGACCGAGGCGAAGGUCAAGGCGCUCAGCGACUAUAUAGGGACCUUCAGCAGCCAGACUAGGAGCCUUCAGCUUUCCGCAAUCCGUGUGCUCCUGAAAGGCAGGCGACACAUUCCGCACCGCGGAACCUCCGUCUGCGUUUGCCCCUUUCGUGUCCACACCUGUUCCUAUCGACUGCCAUCUUCGACGUCACUGGCGCUGACCUGAUGCCAUCUCGUCGCCACGGACUAGGCUUCUAAUUACAGACCGUCGCUGCGUCUCGAGUCUCAACUCGUUCGCUCACAGCGCCUUACAACAGUGGGUCUCGCUCAGAGAGCCGUCCAGUAGUUUCCAGUUGUAUAACAUUUCUUUGUCCAAUAGCAGCAGCAGCAGCAGCAGCAGCGGGACUGAACACCAGCAGCAGCGGAAGCUGCACGUUACCGCAGCGAUGGUCCGAGCAACAGAAUAUCGCAUCACAAUGCCUGUUUCGCUAGAAGAGUACCGCAUAGGGCAGACGUACAUGCGGUCGCGCAUGCAGAUGGAGAACACGCGCGGCAGCGAGGGCGUGGAGGUGCGCGCGUCGCACCCCUUCGCGGACGACCGCAUGGGGCACGGGCACUUCGCGCACGUGGUCUACCACUUCCACAGCAAGGCGCCCGCGUGGCUGCGCGCGCUCGCCCCGCACGGCGCGCUGUGCCUGGAGGAGCAGAACUGGAACGCGUACCCGCACAGCAAGACAGGUAUGCUCAGUCAUGCCCUGUCAUUGUGGCUUAGUGGUGCCAUGCAGCCUUCUCUGCCAUCUAAUCCAUCGCUCCCUUACCUCUCCUUUCUCCUUCCCUUCAUGCCUCCCCAUCCCUGCCUGUGUUCUGUCAUGUGUCAACUCCUCACGUGGCCCCCCUCCUAUGCGAUAUGCCACUGCCUUGCCAUGACGCGGUGCCGUUUUGCGAUGCAACAUCAGUCCUCAAGCUCUCUUGCUCUCACUCAAUCGCCUCUGCCCCUCUCCCUCCUCCCAUUCCCAUGCCCCUGCCAGUGCCCGUACUUCACCAAGUUCACCAUCACCAUCGAGUCCAUGCACGUCGCCGAUAGAGGCGACUCUGAAAAUGCGCUGGGUCUGGACGAGGCGCAGUUGAAGCAGCGCAAGGUGGAGCGGCUGGACAUCGCCAGCCAUGACAGGGACAUGUGGAGCCGCCUCAUCGCCAAGUCGGGCAUAGACCCCUCCAAAGUCACACUCACGAAAACCAAUCGCGGGCCGCUCACGCCAGGCUGGCAGUCAACAUGUGAGCCAGUCAUGACGGCAUACAAGAUGGUCACAGUGGAUGCUCCGUAUUGGGGCUUCGGCAAGAGACUAGAGCUCCUUGUACUCGCUGGCGAGAGGGCUCUGUUUCUGGAGGCGCACCGCAAGUGCUUUGGGUGGAUGGACGAGUGGUGCGAGCUCACAAUGGAGGACGUGCGGCGCAUUGAGAAGGAGAACAUCGAGGCCAUGCGCAAGAACCUAGCUCUCAACAAUAAGGUGGCGCCAGAUGAGUUCAACGAGGAUGAGUUGAGACCUGAGGUGGAUGGCAGCCUUGAUGACGCAGACAGCAGUGGCACUGAGCUGGCAGAUAGCCCCAAGGGUAAAGGUAAAGCUGCAGAGGGGAAGGAGAUCGCUGUAUGAGUUCUUUGUUGCAGCAGUUCUCUUGUAAUUACGUAUUGCUGAGUUGAUGAUGUGUGCUAAGUCCUUUGAAAUACGGUAAAGCUAUCCUUGCUGGUUGAGAUCCUGCUUCUUGCAGCUCAAUAAAGUCACUUGAAUAAUGCGCA